AUGGCUCCACCAAGCCGCGCCAGGCCAGGGGUCGCUGUCGCCUACUGCUGGGUCUUCACGGUUGUUCUAGGCUUCUGUGUAUCAUUCAAUGUGGAUGUGAAAAAUUCAAUGACUUUCAAUGGCCCAGUAGAGGACAUGUUUGGAUAUACUGUUCAACAAUAUGAAAAUGAAGAAGGGAAAUGGGUGCUUAUUGGUUCUCCUUUAGUUGGUCAACCCAAAAACAGAACUGGAGAUGUCUAUAAGUGUCCAGUUGGGAGAGGUAAAUCAUUACCUUGUGUGAAGUUGGAUCUACCAGUGAAUACAUCAAUUCCCAAUGUCACAGAAGUGAAGGAGAACAUGACAUUUGGAUCAACUUUAGUCACUAACCCAAAAGGAGGGUUUCUGGCAUGUGGGCCCUUAUAUGCCUAUAGAUGUGGGCAUUUGCAUUACACAACUGGAAUCUGUUCUGAUGUCAGCCCUACAUUUCAAGUGGUGAACUCCAUUGCCCCUGUACAAGAAUGUCCUACUCAACUGGACAUAGUCAUAGUGCUGGAUGGUUCCAACAGUAUUUACCCCUGGGAGAGUGUGACUGAUUUUUUAAAUGACCUUAUAAAAAGAAUGGAUAUUGGUCCUAAACAGACACAGGUUGGAAUUGUACAGUAUGGAGAAAAUGUGACCCAUGAAUUCAACCUCAAUAAGUACUCAUCGACUGAAGAAGUACUUGCUGCAGCAAAUAAAAUAGUCCAAAGAGGUGGCCGCCAGACUAUGACAGCCCUUGGAAUAGAGACAGCAAGGAAGGAAGCUUUCACGGAAGCCAGGGGAGCCCGAAGAGGGGUUAAAAAAGUCAUGGUAAUUGUGACGGAUGGAGAGUCCCAUGACAAUCACCAACUGAGUAAGGUCAUCAAAGACUGUGAGGAUGAAAACAUUCAGCGUUUUUCCAUAGCUAUUCUUGGCAGCUACAACCGAGGAAAUUUAAGCACUGAAAAAUUUGUGGAGGAAAUAAAAUCAAUUGCAAGUGAGCCCACUGAAAAGCAUUUCUUCAAUGUCUCUGAUGAAUUGGCGCUAGUCAAUAUUGUUGAAGCUCUGGGAGAAAGAAUAUUUGCCCUGGAAGCUACAGUUGACAAGUCAGCGGCUUCAUUUGAAAUGGAAAUGUCUCAGACCGGCUUCAGUGCUCAUUAUUCACAGGACUGGGUCAUGCUUGGAGCAGUCGGAGCCUAUGAUUGGAAUGGAACAGUCGUCAUGCAGAAGGCUAGUCAAAUGAUAAUUCCCAAAAACACAACCUUUGAUGUUGAAUCUACCAAAAAGAAUGAACCUCUUGCCUCUUAUUUAGGUUACACAGUGAACUCUGCCACUGUUUCUGGAGAUGUGCUCUACAUUGCUGGGCAGCCCCGCUACAAUCACACCGGCCAGGUGGUCAUCUACAGGAUGGAAGGCAGUGAUAUCAAGAUCCUUCAAACACUCAGUGGGGAACAGAUCGGUUCCUACUUUGGCAGUGUUUUAACCACCCUUGACGUUGAUAAAGAUUUGAUUACUGACAUUCUUCUAGUAGGAGCUCCCAUGUACAUGGGGACAGAGAAAGAAGAACAGGGAAAAGUGUAUGUGUACGCACUCAACCAGACAAGGUUUGAAUAUCAAAUGAGCCUGGAACCCAUUAAGCAGACUUGCUGCUCCUCUCUGAAGCACAAUUCAUGCACAAAGGAAAACAAAAAUGAGCCAUGCGGGGCUCGAUUCGGAACCGCUAUCGCUGCUGUGAAAGACCUCAAUCUUGAUGGAUUUAAUGACAUUGUGAUAGGCGCUCCCCUGGAAGAUGAUCAUGGGGGAGCCGCGUACAUUUAUCAUGGAAGUGGCAAAACUAUAAGGAAAGAGUAUGCACAACGUAUUCCAUCAGGUGGAGACGGUGAGACAUUGAAAUUUUUUGGCCAGUCUAUCCAUGGAGAGAUGGAUUUAAAUGGGGAUGGCCUAACGGAUGUGACCAUAGGGGGCCUUGGUGGUGCUGCCCUCUUCUGGUCCCGAGAUGUGGCUGUAGUUAAAGUGACCAUGAAUUUUGACCCCAAAAAAGUGAAUAUUCAAAAGAAAAACUGCAGGGUAGAGGGAAAGGAAACAGUUUGCAUAAGUGCAAAAGUGUGUUUUGAUGUGAAAUUAAAGUCCAAAGAAGACACCAUUUUUGAAGCUGAUUUGCAGUAUCGAGUCACACUGGAUUCACUUAGACAGAUAUCACGAAGUUUCUUCUCUGGAACUCAAGAAAGAAAAAUUCAAAGAAACCUCAAAGUUCGGAAAUCAGAAUGCACUGAGCACUCCUUCUACAUGUUGGACAAGCAUGACUUCCGAGACUCUGUGAGAAUAACUUUGGACUUUAAUCUUACUGAUCCAGAAAAUGGGCCUGUGCUUGAUGAUGCACUACCAAAUUCAAUACAUGAAUAUAUUCCCUUCGCCAAAGACUGUGGAAACAAGGACAAGUGUAUUUCAGACCUCUUCCUGGAUGUGUCUACCACGGAAAAGAACUUGCUAAUAGUCAAGUCCCACAACGAAAAGUUCAAUGUUAGCAUCACUGUCAAAAAUAGAAAGGACAGUGCCUAUAACACCAGAACCAUAGUGCAUUACUCUCCAAAUCUAAUUUUUUCAGGAAUUGAGGAUAUUCAAAAGGACAGCUGUGAAUCCAAUCAUAAUAUUACAUGUAAAGUUGGGUAUCCUUUCCUGAGAAGCGGAGAAUCGGUAACUUUCAAAAUAUUAUUUCAAUUUAAUUCAUCUCAUCUCAUGGAAAAAGUGAUGAUUCAUUUAAAUGCAACAAGUGACAGCGAAGAACCUCCAGAAACCCUUUUUGAUAAUGAAGUAAACAUUACUAUCCCAGUAAAAUAUGAAGUUGGACUACAGUUUUACAGCUCUGCAAGUGAAUACCAUAUUUCUAUUGCUGCCAAUGAGACAGUCCCUGAAAUGAUUAAUUCUACUGAGGACAUUGGAGAUGAAAUUAACAUCUUCUACUUGAUUACAAAAAGUGGACAGUUUCCAAUGCCAGAGUUUAAGCUAUCGAUUUCAUUCCCCAACUUGACUUCUGAUAGCUAUCCUGUCCUGUACCCAACUGGAUGGUCAUCUUCUGAUAAUACAAACUGCAGACCCAAAAGCCUUCAGGAUCCUUUUGGUAUCAACUCUGGGAAGGAAAGUCCUAAACCUAAAUAUGAAGUUCUCAAGAGAGGCACAAUUCGGGACUGUAGGACAUGCAAAGUUGCUACCAUCACAUGUAAUCUGCUUCCUUCUGACAUGAGCCAAGUGAAUGUUUCAUUUAUUUUAUGGAAACCAACUUUUAUAAAAGCACAUUUUUCCAGUUUAAAUCUUACCAUAAGAGCAGAACUCCAGAGUGAAAAUACAUCAUUAGUUCUAAGUACUGGCAAUCAAAAAAGAGAGCUUGCUAUUCAAAUAUCCAAAGAUGGGCUACCAGGCCGAGUGCCAUUAUGGGUCAUCCUGUUGAGUGCUUUUGCUGGCUUGUUGCUGUUAAUGCUACUCAUAUUAGCUCUGUGGAAGAUUGGAUUCUUCAAAAGACCGUUAAAGAAGAAAAUGGAAAAAUGAACUAUUUUUCAAGAGAAAAAAAUAAUUAUUGAAAGAUCUAGUCUCAGGUUUGCCUCAAAUAUGUGACAGAAAUUUAUAAAUAUAAUUAAAGACAGUCACAUAACUUUAUGUAAUCCAUCAGGGAUUAAUCACUCAGAAAAUGACAGAUCAAGCAAGAUCCAAAAGUGAUACCAUAAAGAUAUGUUUUAUAAAAUGAUGAAAAAUAUUUUUCAAUACUCAUUUUUGUUGAGUAAGCAAAAUUAGUGUUUUGAAGAUGGAGAAUAACCUAUAUAAAUGUUUAUAUAUUAAAUCACCACUCAAACUAUUUAAGAAAUACAUCAUAUUUUUAUGAUUAUUAAAGCAUUUUCUUUCAAAGCAAUGUAAAUUAAGCUUUUCCCCUUGAUUCCUGAUGGAUAUCCACAUUUAGCAUGGCAGUCACGAUUUGUAAGUGCCAAGAGAAAAAUUACCUCCAAAAAUCACUUCUCUCAAGUGAGAGUCUAUAUACAAUAUGGAAUGAAAAUAGAACUAACUCAAUGAGAAUAUAUUCAGCAACCUUGUGUUGGGUUUUGUCCUUGGAAAAAAAAUUUUCCCAGAGUGUUUGGAAAAUAGUGUGACUGAGCUGAAAUUCAAUCUAGAAUGGAAAAUCAAGAAAGACUUUUUUACAGAACACAUUUAAUUUUGAUAUGUCAUUCUAAAACUCAAAAUUGUUUUAUAUUGAAAAACAUGGCAGUGUUUUGUUACAAAACAAACAAACAAACAUGUUAUGAAUGCAAUGUGCAAAAUGGUUCCUGAGUGAUUGAUUGGAGCAUGGCAGCAUAGUUAGACCAUGAAAUUCUGAGGUCAUCUUUGCUGGGAAUCUUUUGAAUAUAAGUGGUUCUAGUAUAGAACACAAAAUGGGACGUUGCUUAACUCCGUGGUACAUGGCCCACAAGCUGUGAGAGUGUCUGUUUUAAACUUUUUAAAGGUGUUUGUUUCUUUUUAUGAGAAGACAGUAUUCUAUUUCAAUAAUGCAUUCUAUGCAGAAAUCACUACAUUUUGACUGUGAUGUAUCAACAUUUAAAUAGAAUUCUGAAAAUGUAUUUUAAAGAAUUUCAGGUUUGAAACUUUGCACCAACCAAAAGAUGUCACACCUAUGAGCUUCUCUGCCCUUGAAGUGACCAUCAUGGUGCCUUGGACUCUGCUGUAGCAUAGGCACCUAGAUUGCUCCAUUUAUUAGGAAAAUAUAAAUGAAUGAAUAACUGUAUAACAGCUGCAUGUGUGAACUACUGCUGUAACGUUUGCUGAUUCUGCAACUUUGUCCCGCUACACUUACAAAUUCUGAUUUACAAUCAUCCAGAAAAUCUUUGUCUCAAAAAACAGCAAAUCAACAGAGAAAUGAAACGCCUUGGGUAUAAUUUUUUAAACUAAUUUCCAAGGAAUUUUCUGGAGACUCAGAGUCAGCCUACCUCAUAGCUCUCCAAGUCAACAUCUAAUAUCCUCAUGGUCAAAGCCAUGUGUCUGGGGAGGACCGAGGUCAUCAGUAACUGAAAAAACGCUAAUUAUUUCCAGAGAUUUGGUAUUCUAUUGCUAGCUUGUCAUUGUUCAGAAAUGUCCAGUGGAAAUUCCUUCAACUCAGCUGCCUCUCUGUACUUUCUCUCUUACUUUCUCAACUUUUAACUUCUUUCUUCUGCAAGUUCCUAUCAUUUUAUCAAUAUUAUCAAUGUACCUGGCACAAUUUUUAGCAUGCCAUUCCUGGUUUUGAAUAUGAACCAAAUAAGGCACUUCUUGAUUAUUAUAAUUUGUUGAGGUUUAUGUGUGUGUUUGUGCAUGUGUGCAUAUGUUUAUAAACACACACACCCACUAGUAGUAGAAUUUACAAAUGAACAUGCAAAAGCUACACCAAGAAAAUUUGACUUAUCCACUUUUCAUACAAUUUUUUCAUAAAUCUUUAAGUUUAGUUUAUGCACUGUAAUUACAUAAA